GGCUCAGUCGAAACUGUCCGUCAUCGGGGUACGAUCGUCGUCAGUAGUGUCGUGGUCGUGCUGGUUAUCGUCGAUAUCUCCGGAAGUGUGUGCGGGUAUUUUGGAGAAGUUUGGUCAGAAAAGUGUUCUAAAGAUUCGGCGCAAAUUAGUGCCUUUCUAGCAUCUCCGGGGAAGUCAUCUACGAUUACCUCAGAAGGUUGCAAGGAAAGAAAAAUAUCGAUUGUGUAACAUCACUGUGUACCGCCGUGCUUCAAGAUCACUUUUCCUUGCGUGAGAAACAGAGUUGUUUUGUGUAAGCAAAAAAAGUUGCACUAAUUGCUACUCUUUUGCUAGCAUCACUUCACCAGUUUGUUUGUAAUUUUGAGCGAGAAAGAAUAAAUUCUUCCACAAAAAAAAGUUAACUUCUUGUGAUACCGUGAAGCGUUACAUAAAUCGUUGCACGGUGUUGUUCCGGUGCACUCGUUCCGCUCUCACCGUAAGCGUUCUGGAUGAAUUCUCUCUUGCUGCCAGUGCCAAUGCUCUCGUCCCCAUUGCUUCAAUGUCACAGUGAUAGUGAUUUUAUGUAAUCAGAAAUAUCGCCGAUCACUCGCAAACACCAGCCGGGCGCGCACCGAUCGAUCGUGCGAGCUCGAAAGAACCUCGAUUCCGCCCCGUCCAAACCGUCUGGCCGAUUUGAGGGAACAGAAGAAAAAAGAAAAACAAAACACUGUAACUCGUCUCGUCGCGUAACGUCUGGUCGCCGACUGCCGGUACAAAUACAACAACAUAGAAUUGCGCUAGAAGACGGGCUUUGGAAAGUUGUGUGAGGAAAAGUGGCGAUCGGGUAAAAAUAGUCAAGGGCCCACCACCACCUACGCGCGCCUACUGUUGGGAGUGGAACGGAGGGGGAACGGUUUCGUUAAAGGCCAGUCGCCAGUGUCGGGGUGCAUUCGCGUGCGAACAGUGUAGUGUUUGUGUGUGUGUUUGUGUGUGUGUGUGGGUGUGUACAAAGUUGAAGGCUUACAUAAUUACACCCAACCCCAGAAAGCAGAAAGCCCUAGACGACGAGAGCCUGCGCGGAGGAGAGGAAAAGUGGUUCGUUUUCCACGAUUAUAGGAUAGGAGAGAACGAACGAACCGAUUGGAAAGUGUUGCCGCUCCUCCACAUUCUACCCAGCCGAAGGUCAUCUGCAUGUCGGAAAUGGAAGUCCUCGAGGAGAUCCGUGAACAAUGCAAGGAGCUCAUCCUCACAGACAAACAGAUCGAGGAGAUAAUGCGACGGGUGAUCAAGGAAAUCAACCGGGGGCUGAGCAAAGAGACGCACGCCGAAGCGGACGUCAAAUGUUUCAUCACCUACGUACAGGACCUGCCAAAUGGGAAAGAGAAGGGUAAAUUUUUGGCCCUGGAUCUUGGCGGCACCAACUUCCGGGUGCUGCUGAUUCACCUGAAGGACGAGAAUGACUUCGAGAUGCUGUCGAAGAUAUAUGCCAUUCCACAGAGCAUUAUGCUCGGCAGUGGGACGCAGCUCUUCGACCAUAUUGCCGAAUGUUUAGCCAACUUUAUGAAGGAACACUCCGUGUACGAGGAACGUUUGCCGCUAGGAUUCACAUUCUCAUUCCCGCUAACGCAGCUGGGCCUCACCAAAGGUAUUCUUGCCCGGUGGACGAAAGGUUUCAACUGCUCCGGUGUCGUCGGCGAGGACGUGGUGCAGCUGCUGAAGGAUGCGAUCGCCAGACGCGGGCCAGACGUACAAAUUGAUAUCUGUGCCAUCCUGAACGAUACGACCGGCACACUGAUGUCCUGUGCGUGGAAGAAUCACAACUGCAGAAUAGGACUGAUUGUCGGUACGGGCAGCAACGCGUGCUACGUCGAGCGAGUGGAAAACUGCGAUCUCUUCGAUGGGCCCAAAUCGGGCCCGAACAUUAAGCAGCACGUGAUGAUCAACACCGAGUGGGGCGCGUUCGGCGACGACGGUGCGCUCGACUUUGUCCGCACCGAGUACGAUCGCGAGAUCGAUCAGCACAGUAUAAACCCGGGCCGGCAGCUGCAGGAGAAGAUGAUCUCGGGCAUGUAUAUGGGCGAGCUGGCCCGUCUGGCGAUAGUGCGGUUCACGAAGGCGGGCCUGCUGUUCGGUGGCGUCGGGUCGGACAUUCUCUUCAAGCGCGGCCAGUUCUUCACGAAGUACGUGUCGGAGAUCGAGUCGGACAAACCGGGCACCUACUACAACUGCCGGGAGGUGCUGGAGGAGCUCGGGCUGGAGCACGCGACCGACGAGGACUGUGCGAACGUGCGCUACAUCUGCGAGUGCGUCUCGAGCCGGGCGGCCCAUCUCGUGUCCGCCGGCAUUGCGGCACUGAUCAACAAAAUGGACGAACCGAGCGUGACGGUCGGCGUGGACGGUUCCGUGUAUCGUUUCCAUCCCAAGUUCCACGAUCUGAUGGUGCAAAAGAUCCGACAGUUCGUCAAGCCGCACAUUUCCUUCGACCUGAUGCUGUCGGAGGACGGUUCCGGUCGCGGCGCAGCCCUGGUGGCGGCCGUCGCCUGCCGCGAGGCACAAUAAGCGCGGGAGCGUUCCGCCUGUUUGCGGUUUCGCAUAGAAAAAAGGGCGCCGAGACGAAGAAACGAACCGACACUACCUUACACUAGAAUCGCACCGGCCCGCGCGCGCGCACGUGUUUUUGUAUCCAGUAUGGAUGGUGCACUCAUGUCGCUGAGCAAACCGUUCAUACCGUUACUCGCAGCAUUGCAAAUUUUGCGCAGAAAGGAUCCGUUGGACUGCAACUGUGAGCGUACCAACACCGUCUCCUCACACUCAACUCAGUCAGCGCUUGACUGCGGCAUGCGUCGUGCGAUAUAGUUGCGUUCACUCUUCUCACCCUAGCGUAACUAGUGAUUUAUAGAACAUAUUAUAUAUACAGACACACACACACAAACAUACAUAUUAUAUAUAUAGUGAAAGUGAAACCAUGUUGAUCAGUGAGUAGGCAAGCGCAAAGAGAUUGCGCAUCAUUUUAUUAGCAAAACCCCCAUGCGAAGCGUAGCUUCCGUGCUCCCAUGUCCUAAAAACAAACCCCACCAUUUAUUCUAACCCGCGGUAAUCACAAACGUUGGUAAGCAAAACGCUUGGUACCUUUGGCAAAACAAAAAGUUGUUAAAAAUGUCCCUGCCACGUGGAGAGGAAGCAGGUACAAACGCCCCUGUUCCUGUUUGGGAAGGGAAUUGUGUGCAAAAAAGGCAAACUUAGGCGAAGCAAUGGCAUUGAUGUAAAGCGUGGUAUAAGCGCUUUUCGAGGCUGUUGUCAAUGCUGGUUUCGAGAGCCAGGGCGAGCGUGUUGCUCUGUGGGCACAGCCCAUUCAUUGCCAUAAACAAGACGCGUCGUCUGUUAGCUAAUAUUGUCCACUAUUUUGGAAGGGUGAGCUAGAUGUUAUACAUUCGUUACAGCAACGCGCGAUGGUGAUUGUAGAUCGGUGCGUGGAUGUGUGUUCGUACGUUUCAGUUCCCAAAAUAAUAGCACUAAUGGUUACGCCAGUUACAACAACGACAGAAUGGGGGUGCUGCAUCGUUUCUGUAGCAGGUGGAAGAAAGCACGCGAACACACGAUUAUUUUGGCCAACGGAGGGUGCGUGCGCGCGUGUGUGUUUGUUUAUUUUUUUUUCAUUUGAAUUAGUUUAGUAGAUGUGUACAUUUGUUUUAAAUUAGUUAAAAUUAUUAAUGUUGCUGUAUUUCUCAGUUUUUUUGUUUCAUCUGCGGAAUAAGAAGAGCGAGAAUGUGGCAGUGCUUGUCGGUAGCGCGCAGUCGGAGAAAACGGGGUGAGGGAAAGAGGUAUGCUUUCGGUCGAGCUGAACUGGGUCCGAAAGACAGGGAUUAAUGGGUGUUGAAGCAUAUAGGGCGUAUCAAUACAUACAAUGAUAAGUUUAAAAAGAAAGCUGCAAAAAAAAAAACAAAUAAUUAGUGUAGAAAUAAAACAAAAAAAGCAGUAGUAGUAUCACACGCUAAAAACAAAACUAAAAAACAAAACAGGAUCAGGCAGCAAAGUGCAUACAACAAAAAUAAAACAAUAUACAAGCGUGCGUGUAUGAAGCUGUAAUAAAGUAGAGGAAUGUGAAGAGGAAAA